AUGUCUCUAUUCAGAACUUUUCCCACUUCGGGCGACUUCGCCCCUCUUUUCCGUCUCUUGGACGACUAUGACGUCCACCGCGCAUCCAGGGGCCAGACUGCCGUGCGCUCGUUCGCACCUCGCUUCGACGUCCGCGAGACCUCCGAUGCCUACCAUCUUGAUGGCGAGCUGCCCGGCAUCCCACAGCAGAACAUCGAAAUUGAAUUCUCAGAUCCUCAGACCCUGGUGAUCAAGGGCCGUUCAGAACGCGAAUACAGCUCUCCAGAAGCUGGCGAGAGUGCUGCACAGGGCGGAGGCAGCGAUGUGGUCAAGACUAGCGACAAGCAAGUGACUAAGUCCGAGGGCCAGCACCGCUUCUGGGUGAGCGAGCGCUCUAUUGGAGAGUUCCAUCGCAGCUUCUCCUUCCCGACCAACGUUGACCAGGACAAAGUCAAGGCUAGUCUGAAGAACGGCAUCCUGGCCGUGGUUGUUCCCAAGGCCUCUGCCCCGUCUGGAAAGAAGAUUACCAUUGAGUAA